GGUACAAACUCUGGGCUUUGUCUGAAACUUUGCUACAGAGCUCCGGCUGCAACGCCGACUCCUCUUGCUGUUCACAGUGUCAGCACUUGCCCGGCCGGAGUGGACCAGAGGGGAGCUAAGUGUGCAGCCGUCUCUCCCGGAGGCUUGUGCAGCAUGGGGCCACGGUGGAUAGGCAAGUUGGUGCUGGGAUGUGCGGCUCUCGCCUGCCUUGCCACUGAAGCGGCGAAGGGCCAGCAAGAGGGCGACUUCAGGGCGGCAAGAUUCGCCGCUGUCGCCGACAGAGACUCACAGUCGCGGGUCAGGAGACGAGGCCAAGACAACUUGAGAGGGCCCAAUGUGUGUGGAUCUCGAUUUCAUUCCUACUGUUGUCCCGGAUGGAAAACAUUGCCCGGCGGCAACCAGUGUAUUGUGCCCAUUUGUCGGAACACUUGCGGCGAUGGUUUCUGCUCCAGACCAAAUAUAUGCACGUGCUCCAACGGCCAGCUGUCGCCCGGUUGCGGAUCUGGCUCCGUUCAACAGUGCAACGUCAGAUGUAUGAACGGUGGCUCCUGCGCGGACGACAGCUGUCUUUGCCAGAAGGGAUUCACGGGAACACACUGCGGGCAGCCCGUGUGUAAAAAUGGCUGCCAGAACGGAGGACGCUGCAUUGGACCCAGUCGCUGUGCGUGCGUGUACGGGUUCACGGGGCCACAGUGUGAGCGAGAUUACCGAACGGGACCAUGCUUCACGCAGGUCAACAACCAGAUGUGCCAAGGGCAACUGAGCGGCAUUGUGUGCACCAAAACCCUGUGUUGUGCCACCAUUGGCCGCGCCUGGGGUCACCCGUGCGAGAUAUGUCCAGCACAGCCCCAUCCUUGUCGCCGAGGGUUCAUCCCCAAUAUCCGCAGCGGGGCUUGUCAAGAUGUGGAUGAAUGUCAGGCAAUCCCGGGCCUGUGCCAAGGAGGAAACUGCAUCAACACCGUGGGAUCCUACGAAUGUAAAUGCCCCGCUGGGCACAAACAGAGUGAUCAUUCCCAGAAGUGUGAAGAUAUUGAUGAGUGCAGCACAAUCUCGGGGGUGUGUGACGGUGGAGAGUGUUCGAAUACCGCAGGGAGCUACGUCUGCACCUGUCCACGUGGCUACAGCACCAGCCUGGAUGGCUCCAGGUGUAUUGACCAGCGAUCUGGCACCUGCUUCUCCAGCCUGCUGGGCGGUCGGUGUGCAGGAGACCUGCAUGGGCAUUACACCAAGAUGCAGUGUUGCUGCGACUCUGGGCGCUGCUGGGCGGCCGGCCAUACCCCAGAGAUGUGUCCUGUCAGAGGCUCUGAUGAAUAUCGCAGACUUUGCAUCGAGGGCCUUCCCUUCGGACCUGGAUACCCUGGCAUCGGAUUUCCAGGAUUCCCCGGUGGAAUUGGAUCCAACGGCCUUGGUCCCGGUGGGAUUGGGCCUGGUGGUUUCAACUAUGGUGGAGUUGACUCUGGUGGGAUUAGACCUGGCGGGGUCAGGCCUGAUGGCAUCGGCCCGGGUGGGAUUGGGCCAGGUUUCACUGGCCUUCCCGGGACUGGGCCUGGGAUUGGUACGGCCACCUUGAACCAGACCACGGACGUGUGUAAACACUACACCAACCUGUGCCUGAACGGACGCUGCAUCCCGACACCAUCCAGCUACCGCUGCGAAUGUAACAUGGGAUUCAAGCAGGACGUGCGUGGGGAAUGUAUCGAUGUCGAUGAAUGCUUCAGCAGUCCAUGUGUGAACAGUGACUGCUUUAAUACCCCCGGGGCCUAUUACUGCAAGUGCCACGAGGGUUUCCAGAGCACUGCUACCAAGCAGGCCUGCAUUGACAUAGAUGAGUGCAUCCAGAAUGGGGUUCUAUGUCGGAACGGCCGAUGUGUCAAUACUGAUGGCAGCUUCCAAUGCAUCUGCAAUGCCGGCUUUGAACUCACCCCAGAUGGAAAGAACUGCAUGGAUCACGACGAAUGUGCCACAACCAACAUGUGUCUCAAUGGGAUGUGCAUCAACGAAGAUGGCAGCUUCAAGUGUAUCUGCAAGAAUGGCUUUGUCCUCGCUCCAAAUGGACGCUACUGUGUGGAUAUCGAUGAAUGCCACACGCCCGGUAUAUGCAUGAAUGGGCGCUGCAUUAACUCAGAAGGUUCCUUCAGGUGCGACUGUCCUCCAGGCCUGGCCAUUGGGGUCGAUGGACGAGUGUGUGUCGAUACGCACAUGCGCAGCACGUGCUACGGAGCCAUCAAGAAGGGUACCUGCGCCCGGCCCUUCCCCGGAGCAGUGACCAAGUCAGAGUGCUGCUGUGCCAGCCCGGACCAUGGCUUCGGGGAGCCGUGCCAGCCCUGCCCGGCCAAGACCUCCGCUGAAUUCCAGGCUCUCUGUAGCAGCGGGAUCGGGAUCACAGCUGAUGGACGAGAUAUCAACGAGUGCGCUCUUGACCCCGACAUCUGCGCCAACGGGGUUUGUGAAAACCUGCGCAGCAGUUAUCGCUGCAUCUGCAACAUCGGCUACCAGUCGGACAUCAGUGGCAAGAACUGUGUCGAUAUUGAUGAGUGUUCGGUCAACAUGCUGCUGUGUGACAAUGGACUGUGCCGUAACACGCCCGGCAGCUACACCUGCACCUGCCCGACCGGCUACAUCUUCAAACCCGACACGGAAACCUGUGAAGAUGUGAACGAGUGUGAAUCCAGCCCAUGUGUGAAUGGUUACUGCAGGAACAUGGCCGGCUCGUUCAUCUGUGAAUGCUCGCUGGGCAGCAAGCUGGACCCAACCAGAACCAUCUGUAUCGACAGCAUGAAGGGGACGUGUUGGCUGAACAUUCAGGGCGGGCGCUGCGAAGUGAAUAUCAACGGAGCCACUCUGAAGUCGGAGUGCUGUGCCACGCUGGGAGCGGCGUGGGGGAGCCCCUGUGAACACUGCGAGCUGGAUGCUUCCUGCCCCAGAGGCUUUGCCAGAGUGAAGGGAGUCAGCUGUGAAGAUGUGAACGAGUGUGACGUAUUCCCGGGCGUUUGCACGAACGGGCGCUGUGUGAACACACAGGGCUCCUUCCAGUGCGACUGUCCACAAGGGCUGACUCUGGAUGGAACUGGGAGAACAUGCGUUGAUGUCCGUCUAGAACACUGCUACCUGAAGUGGGAGGAGGACGAGUGUACGGAGCCGGUGGGUGGCCGUUUCCGCAUCGACGCCUGCUGCUGCUCCAUCGGUAACGCCUGGGGCGCGGACUGCGAGGAGUGCCCACAACCCGGCACGCCCGAGUACCAGGCCACUUGCCCGCGGGGACCAGGGUUCGCCAACAGGGGCGAUGUCUUGACGGGGAGGCCGUUCUACAAAGAUAUCAAUGAAUGCAAAGUCUUCUCCAGUCUCUGCACAUACGGAACCUGUCGCAAUACGAUUGGCAGCUUUAAGUGUCGCUGCGAGAAUGGCUUUGCCCUGAACAUGGAGGAGAGAAAUUGCACGGAUAUCAACGAGUGUCGUAUUUCCCCGGAUCUGUGCGGGCAGGGAGCUUGCGUGAACACGCCGGGCAGCUUUGAAUGCGAGUGCUUUGACGGAUACGAGAGCGGCUUCAUGAUGAUGAAGAACUGCAUGGACAUCGAUGAGUGUGAGAGGGACCCCUUGCUGUGUCGGGGCGGAACCUGCGUGAACACUGACGGCAGCUACGAGUGCAUCUGCCCCCCGGGUCAUGAGCUGACUCCCGAGGGUGAUGGUUGCGUAGAUAUCGACGAGUGCUCGCUGAGCGACAACCUGUGUAAGAACGGCCGCUGUGUGAACAUGAUUGGGACCUACCAGUGUGCCUGUGAUUCUGGUUACCAAGCAACCAGCGACAGACUGGGCUGUGUGGAUAUUGAUGAAUGUACCAUCAUGAAUGGGGGCUGUGACACGCACUGCACAAACUCGGAAGGAAGCUACGAAUGCAGCUGUGGUGAAGGUUACGCCCUGAUGCCUGACAAGAGGACAUGUGCAGAUAUUGAUGAAUGUGAGGAGAAUCCUGAUAUUUGUGAUGGCGGACAGUGUACCAACAUCCCCGGAGAAUAUCGCUGCCUCUGCUACGAUGGCUUCAUGGCUUCCAUGGACAUGAGGACCUGUCUGGAUGUCAACGAGUGUGAUCUGAAUCCAAACAUCUGUCUCCAUGGCGAUUGUGAGAACACCAAAGGCUCUUUCAUCUGCCAUUGCCAGCUGGGAUACUUUGUGAAGAAGGGAACCACAGGAUGUACAGAUAUCGACGAGUGCGAGAUUGGAGCUCACAACUGCGACGUCCACGCCUCUUGUGUGAAUGUGCCGGGGAGCUUCAAGUGCAAGUGCCGCGACGGCUGGAUUGGAGAUGGUCUCGAGUGCAUCGAUCUGGACGAAUGCGCGACUGAGGAGCACCAGUGCAACCCCAGUGCCAACUGCAUGAACACGCCGGGCUCAUACCGCUGCGCUUGCAAGGAUGGCUUCAGCGGAGAUGGCUUCAGCUGCUCAGAUGUCGACGAGUGCGCAGAGAAUGUGAACCUGUGUGAGAACGGGCAGUGCCUGAACGCUCCUGGGGGGUACCGGUGCGAAUGUGAAAUGGGGUUCACUCCGACAGACGACAGCAAGGCGUGCCAAGAUAUUGAUGAAUGCACCUUCCAGAACAUUUGUGUUUUCGGCACUUGCCAGAACCUGCCCGGAAUGUUCCGCUGCGUCUGUGACGAUGGGUACGAGCUGGACAGGAGUGGCGGCAAUUGUACAGAUAUCAAUGAAUGCGCGGAUCCUGUGAACUGCAUCAACGGCCUCUGUGUGAACACCCCCGGCAGCUACCUGUGUAACUGCCCCACGGAUUUCGAGUUGAACCCUACCGGGGUUGGUUGUGUGGACACUCGCGUGGGUAACUGCUAUCUGGAGACGUUGCCAAGGGGCGACGGGGGCAUUUCGUGCAGUGCAGAGAUCGGCGUUGGAGUGACUCGAGCCUCAUGCUGCUGCUCGCUGGGAAGAGCGUGGGGCAACCCCUGCGAAUUCUGCCCCCCUGUCAAUUCAACCGAGUACAAGACACUUUGUCCCGGAGGAGAGGGUUUCAGACCAAACCCCAUCACCGUUAUCUUAGAGGAUAUUGAUGAGUGUCAGGAACUGCCUGGUCUGUGCCAAGGUGGAAAUUGUGUCAAUACAUUUGGAAGUUUCCAGUGCGAGUGCCCAGCUGGUUACUACCUGAACGAGGAUACGCGCAUCUGUGAAGAUAUCGAUGAGUGCACCACCCACAUUGGAAUCUGCGGGCCAGGAACAUGCUACAAUACCCUGGGCAACUACACCUGCGUCUGCCCUCCAGAGUACAUGCAGGUCAAUGGGGGAAACAACUGCAUGGAUAUGAGGAAGAGCGUCUGCUACCGUAACUUCAACGACACGUGCGAGAACGAGCUGUCGUUCAACAUGACCAAGAAGAUGUGCUGCUGCUCGUACAACGUGGGCAAAGGCUGGAACAAGCCGUGCGAACCCUGCCCAACGCCAGCCACAUCUCAAUACCAGCUCCUGUGUGGGAACCAGGCCCCAGGCUUCAUCAUUGACAUUCACACAGGCAAGCCCGUUGAUAUUGACGAGUGUCGGGAAAUCCCCGGCAUUUGUGCGAACGGCGUGUGCAUUAACCAGAUCGGGAACUUCCGCUGCGAAUGUCCGAUGGGAUUCAGCUACAAUAACGUGUUCCUGAUCUGUGAAGAUAUCGACGAGUGCACGAACGGUGAUAACCUGUGCCAGAGGAACGCAGACUGCAUCAACAUCCCCGGCAGCUACCGCUGCGAAUGCUCCCCAGGGUUUAAACUCUCACCUAGUGGAGCGUGUGUGGAUCGUAACGAAUGCCAGGAGAUCCCGAACGCCUGCAGCCAUGGAGAAUGUAUCGACACGGAGGGAAGUUACCGCUGUCUGUGCCACAAUGGAUUCAAAGCCACAGCAGACCUGACCAUGUGCAUGGAUAUCGAUGAGUGCGAUCGACAGCCCUGUGGCAACGGGACCUGCAAGAACACGGUGGGCUCCUACAACUGCCUCUGCUUCCCUGGAUUCGACCUCACUCACAACAAUGACUGCAUGGAUAUCGAUGAGUGCUCAACUCUGGUCGGCCAGGUGUGUAGAAAUGGACAAUGCAUAAACAGCAUUGGAUCCUUCCAGUGCCUGUGCCAGGACGGCUAUGACCUACCGCCCGAUGGGAAGAACUGUGUUGAUAUCAACGAAUGCAUCAGCUACCCUGGCACUUGUGCCCCUGGGACCUGCCAGAACUUAGACGGUUCUUUCCGAUGCAUCUGCCCGCCUGGCUACGAGGUCCAGAAUGACCACUGCAUUGACAUUAACGAGUGUGAGGAGGACCCCAACAUCUGCCUGUUUGGUUUCUGCACCAAUACGCCUGGAAGCUUCCAGUGCAACUGCGCCCACGGCUUUGUGCUCUCCGAGAAUGGAAGGAGAUGCUUCGAUACCAGGCAGAGCUUCUGCUUCACCAGGUUUGACAACGGCAAGUGUUCCGUACCCAAGGCCUUCAACACAACCAAAGCCCGCUGCUGCUGCAGUAAGAUGCCCGGGGAGGGCUGGGGUGACCCCUGUGAACUCUGCCCUCAGCAGGAAGAAGUUGCUUUCCAGGAGCUGUGCCCAUAUGGUCACGGUGCCAUCCCAGGCAUUGGGGACACCCGUGAAGAUGUGAAUGAGUGCGUGGAAAACCCUGGGAUCUGCAUUAACGGACAUUGCAUCAACACAAUGGAUGGUUCCUUCCGGUGCGAAUGCCCCCUGGGGUACAACUUGGAUUUCACGGGAGUCAACUGCGUUGAUAUUGUCGAGUGCAGCAUCGGUAAUCCUUGUGGCAAUGGUACCUGCAUCAAUGUUAUUGGAGCGUUUGAGUGCGAAUGUGACGAUGGAUUUGAACCAGGACCGAUGGCAACUUGUGAGGACAUUAACGAAUGUUCCCUCAACCCGCUGCUGUGUGCGUUCCGCUGCAUCAAUAACUACGGCGCCUAUGAGUGCACUUGCCCGGGAGGCUACACCCUGAGGGAGGACCGCAAGAUGUGUAGAGAUUUGGACGAGUGUUUCGAGGGAUUACACGACUGUGAGACCCAAGGAAUGUUAUGCAAGAAUCUCAUUGGAACCUUCAUGUGUAUCUGCCCGCCUGGGAUGAUGCGGAGACCAGAUGGAGAGGGCUGCAUGGAUGAAAAUGAAUGCCGGACCAAGCCGGGGAUCUGCAAGAACGGGCGGUGCAUUAACACCGUGGGCAGCUACCGGUGUGACUGUAACGAAGGGUUUUUGGAAAAUCCAUCAGUGACAGAGUGUCUCGAUAAUCGCCAGGGCUUCUGUUUCGUCGAAGUGCUGCAGACCAUGUGCCAGAUGUCGUCCACCAACCGUAACCUGGUCACCAAAUCGGAAUGUUGCUGUAACGGGGGCAGGGGGUGGGGGAACCAGUGUGAGCUGUGCCCUUUGCCGGGAACCACCCAGUACAGGAAGAUGUGCCCGCACGGACCUGGCUAUGCCACGGAUGGGAGAGAUAUCGAUGAAUGUCGAGUGAUGCCGAACUUGUGCAAGAAUGGACAGUGCAUAAACACUAUGGGCUCCUUCCGCUGUUUCUGCGAAAUUGGAUACACCACUGAUUUAACGGCUACCGCCUGCAUUGAUCUCGAUGAGUGCGUCCAAUCACCCAAACCAUGCAACUUCAUCUGCAAGAACUCGGAAGGAAGCUACCAAUGCUCGUGUCCAAGAGGCUACAUCCUGCAAGAAGAUGGCAAGACAUGUCGAGAUCUGGAUGAAUGCUCCACCAAGCAGCACAAUUGCCAGUUCCUCUGUGUAAACACCAUCGGAUCCUUUGCCUGCAAGUGCCCGCCUGGAUUCACGCAGCACCACACGUCGUGCAUCGACAACAACGAGUGCAUGAGUCAGUCUCCGAUCUGUGGAUCAAAGGGCACGUGCCAGAAUACACCGGGCAGUUUCAGCUGCGAUUGCCAGAAAGGAUUCCUAUUAGACGGCACCGGCUUCAACUGUGAAGAUGUAGAUGAAUGUGACGGCAACCACCGCUGCCAACACGGCUGCCAGAACAUGCUGGGUGGAUACAGAUGCAGCUGCCCGCAAGGCUACAUGCAGCACUACCAGUGGAACCAAUGUGUGGAUGAGAACGAGUGCAGCAAUCCCACCGCUUGUGGCGCUGCCUCGUGUUACAACACCCUGGGCAGUUACAAAUGCCUCUGCCCAUCCGGCUUCGACUUUGACCAGUACGGUGGGGGAUGUCAGGACGUGAACGAGUGCUCAGCCUCGGGAAACCCCUGCUCUUAUGGCUGCUCCAACACAGACGGUGGCUACCUCUGUGGUUGCCCAGGCGGCUACUACCGAGCGGGACAAGGACACUGUAUAACUGGAAUGGGCUUCGGGAACGGCCAGUAUCUGCCUGAGGAGGAGGAGGAGGUGGCGGAGGAGAAUGUGUUGUCGCCCGAGACCUGUUACGAGUGUAAGAUCAACGGCUAUCCCAAGCGAGGCAGGCACAGGAGGAGCGCCAACGGCACUGGAUCCCAUGAGAAUCACAAAAUUAGUCUGGCGAGCUUGGACAUCGACGCACCGAUCCCGCUGAAUGUGAAUAUCUCCAACCUGGGAAUCCAUGAUCACAUCAUGGAAUUCCUGCCUGCCAUCGAGCCCCUGGAAAACCACGUGCGCUACAUGAUCUCCGGCGGGAACAGGGCCAGCUUCUUCCGGAUACACCAGAAGAACGGACUCAGUUACCUCCAUCUGAGCCACAAAAAGCCAGCACGAGGGAAGUACACUCUGGAGAUUUCCAGCCUGCCUCUGUACAGGAAGAAAGAACUCCUGAAACUGGAAGAUGAGAAUGACGUUGACUACCUCGUGGGCGAUCUCGGUGAGGCCCUUCGAAUGAAACUCCAGAUCCAUCUUCUCUGAUGUUCCUUACUCUGUCUCUCUCGGAGGGGGUGAAAAGCCCAUUCUAAAUAGCACCUCAGCACCAAUCUGCCAAUGUGAUACUUGAUGAUGGGAUACCGGGCUGUGUCAGCCCAACAAAACCUUAUAACAAUACUCCUAUUCAUACGGCCAACAUACUGUCCCAAUCUCACACAUGCAACAGGUUUAUCAGGCACUAAUUGAGUAGGUAGAAGGGCUCGUUAAUAUUUAAGAUUAGGGAUUGGAGUAUCCCAGUUUUCCUGUGUGAAGUUUAGGCCUAAAGUUGUAGGACAAAACGCGUUCCAUUUGAUCUUAUUUGAUUGUGCACGCCGGGUUGAUUGCAUUCGUCGAAGCAGGGAAGGUUCAACCACGUGAAGGUUGCAUUCUCCCACCCCCUGAAGUCUAGUGAAACAAAUUAAGAAUAUUUCAUGAUGGAUUCGACUUUGUUGAAGUAAAAUAAACACACCUGAUUGGAAAGUUGAUGAGGUCAAAUGUCAGCAACCAAGUGCUACUGUCAGAGUUGGGAUUUUUUUUUUUUCAAAUUUAGAAGAUCAAUGGAUAAUAUUUGUUUUACAUUUACCUAUCUAAUGUCCUUAUGAUCGAUUUAAUCUUUGAAGAAUUUUCCAGAGAAGGGCCCUAUCCCAGUCACCAGCCCGUAAUGUUCACAUCAAUCUCCCACCAUUUCGAGCCCAGUUUUAGUUAAUUUGACUUUAUUUUUCCUAAAUCUUUCAAUUCUGUUUUUAGACAAUAGACAAUGGGUGCAGGAGUAGGCCAUUCGGCCUGCACCGCCAUUCAAUGUGAUCAUGGCUGAUCAUCCCCAAUCAGUAUCCCCGUUCCUCAUAUCCCCCUGACUCCACUAUCUCUAAGAGCCCCAUCCAGCUCUCUCUUGAAAGCAUCCAGAGAUCCUGCCUCCACCUGCCCUCUGAGGCAGAGAAUUCCACAGACUCACCACUCUCUGUGAGAAAAAGUGUUUCCUCAUCUCCGUUCUAAAUGGCUUACCCCUCAUUCUUAAACUGUGUGGCCCCUGGUUCUGGACUCCCCCAACAUCGGGAACAUGUUUCCUGCCUCUAGCGUGUCCAAGCCCUUAACAACCUUUUUUUUUUUUGUUGAGGAUUAUAUAUCAAACCAGAAAACUCUGACCAGACUAAAUUGUUUGCAGAAAUGAUGGUUGGUUUAUUGCGAAGAAUUUUGAUUGAACCAAAUUGCCCGCUGAUUAUUAAGCAACGCUAGGCCAGUGAAGUCAGACGAGUCUUUCCAUCAUCAUUUUGUAUCAUUUUAACUUUAUAAGAACUGGCAAUGAAAGGCAUUAUCUUCAAGAUUAUGCUGGAGAAACUCAGCGGGUGAGGCAGCAUCUAUGGAGUGAAGGAAUAGGUGACGUUUCGGGUCGAGACCCUUAAGGGUGAGGCAGCAUCUAUGGAGCGAAGGAAUAGGUGACGUUUCGGGUCGAGACCCUUAAGGGUGAGGCAGCAUCUAUGGAGCGAAGGAAUAGGUGACGUUUCGGGUCGAGACCCUUCCGGGUCUCGACCCGAACCGUCACCUAUUCCUUCGCUCCAUAGAUGCUGCCUCGCCCGCUGAAUUUCUCCAGCGUUUUCUGUCUGCCUUCGAUUUUUCCAGCAUCUGCAGUUCUUUCUUGAACAUCUUCAAGUUCACUCCUCUUUCGAUUGUAAUUGUGGGGGGGGGUUUAUUCUGCUUCACCGAGUCGGGAUUCAUUUAAAAAAAAUCACAGCGUCAUCGGUAAUUAGGAAUGACUGCAUGUGUCACCGCAGGAGUUUCCGUAACAUCCAAGCAUUGUUGAGCCAGCACAGCCAAUAUCCCACCAUCCUUUAUCCUAGCUUCCACAUUCCACAAGUGAGAGAGAUCCACUCCCGAAAAACACUUCAGUAUCAAGAGGCAAAGGAAUGUUAUAACCAGUGGAUUCAGAAUUCCCCAUGUCCCAAUGGCUUGAUCCACUGGUGAGUCUACUGAAUAUUCCAGGUAUAUGUCAAAAAAAGGUCAGGCUCCCGCUGGCAUCUUGUUCCACAGACGGUGUGAGGGUUUUGCUGGUAGGUGCCGGCUGUUCUUGCCCGCUGAAGUGUCCUCAGUCCAGCAAACUCGAGGCCUUCUAGUCUGAGGAAGGGUCUCGACCCGAAACGUCACCCAUUCCUUCUCUCUGGAGAUGCUGCCUGUCCCGCUGAGUUACUCCAGCAUUAUUGUGGCCGUCUAGUCCUUUCAUUCCAGUCUGCAAUGUUCCUAUUUUACCGUCCUUGUUCCACUCUGCAAUGAUCGUUCUUUUGCCGUCCGAGAAUCGUAGAUUUUAAUGCUCAGUCUGACAGCCCCCUAGCAGUUUUGGCAAGAGAAAGAGGUUCCUGCAUUUGGUUACAAUUAGGAAUUACUUUACAGAAGUGUAUAGUGUCAUCUGAACGUUUGACCCUCUCCUUGCCCGACCACAACCAGCCUGAAUGCUCCAUCACCCCGCACAUUCAACCCAAACACUGCCACCUAGCAGAGAUAGCAUUAGCUGGUGGGAAGGCCUACUCGUGCCUUGGUUUUGUGUAUUCACAGGUUGUAGGAGUAGAAUUUAGGCCAUUCGGCCCAUCGAGUCCACUCUGCCACUCAAUCGUGGCUGAUCUCUGCCUCCCAACCCCAUUUUCCUGCCUUCUCCCCAUAACCCUUGACACCCCGUUCUAAUCAAGAAUUUGUCUAUCUCUGUCUUAAAAAUAUCCACUGACAACAUAUCCUUAUGUUCCUAUUCUCACCGUCCCAAAGGAAGAGAUUUAGUCUCUUAAUUUAUCUGUCGACGGAGAUAGAAGGGGAUCUGGCCUAUUCCCCACAACAGCUUGUUAUCUUUGGAAUCCCAUCCUUUGCAACCAGCAGAAGAACACAAUCAGUCCCGUACUUCAGUUCAGGCUGAGGUAGUGGAGUUAUGCAUGGGAGCUAUUAAAAUGAUACAUGCCAUAGAAAAAAUACAUCUAUCAAUGCCCCAGAUAUAACAGGACACAAAGUAUUCGUGUUCUGUUGAAGGGGAAGCACGAGGAGGUUCUAUUUCACCCCCGACCCUUUUAACCACAAAAGACUGAAAACCAAGCAGGUUGAAUUCCAUCCAGCUCUCAAUUGGCAAAGCCCUGGGGUGGGUGAAUGAUGUUUCACCAAUAGCUCCCUCAUCACGGAUUCUGGGUUCCAAGACAGUCUUAUUCAUCAUUGCUUCUAAACAACAGCAGGUAAACCAAAACUGGAUAUCAACAUUUCUUUCUUAAAAGAGGCCCAUACUAGCCUGAGCAGAUCUUGUUCUUGCGGCCUUGUGCCACGCAAGUUGUUUCUGAAGGGUGCUUAACAGUGGCGGACUGGGUCUAAAUAUAUUGGUUGCCAGGAGAUAAAGGGGGCCCACUUCAUCAGGGGCCCACUUGCCAUCGGGCAAGCUGACACCCUGGCCAGUCCACCACUGGUGCUUAACAUACAGGCUCCGAUGUACUUUUAUUUUGUGAUGACCUAGACCGAGGCAGUCUGUGAGUAAACCUCUUGACAGAGUAUGUCCGACUAUUGGGGAUAUGGCACCUUGACUGAACUUUAUAACAGCACGGAGCCCUGCAAACCAUCUCAUCGUGCCGGUCGGAGCUAGCUCUGUCAACUGGAUUACAAAGGAAUAUUCCCUCUGGUCACUGCCUCGAAAAUAGCUCGUAACGUUGAACCGUGCUUCAGGUUGAAGGACAUGGUCAUGCGAGCGGCGUUUUUGCCAGGGCGUGUAGAAGGACCGUUUUGCUCGACCACUGAUUUCACCGCUCCAAUCCCCCAUCUUUUCCACGGAGAUUUAACAAGUGAGUUAAUCUUACCCGCUUCAAAUAAUCCCACUUGGACAUGGCCCAGUGCAGGCAAAUCAGUUUCAUUAAGGUGCUAAUGUUGGAGGAAUAACACGUUUAACCUCAGACUUCCUGCAUUCCUGUUGUCCAGUAGUGCAAUUGACCUUACAAUGGUGCUAGUAUCUAAAUUCAGGGUUCCUGCACUAUCCAUCCCAUUUUAUAUUUAUGUAUAACCAACAUUUUGUACUGUUCGUCAAAAUAUUUUUUGUGAGACCAUAUCUUGUAGCUUUUUUUUUUGUAAACAUCCACUUCAUGUAAAAUAGAGGACGUGUUUAUACUGUAAUCAGCUAGUGACAAACUUGAAAAACAACUUUUUUUUUUAAAUUGUAAACCUGUAAUACUGUAUACAGAUUUUUCUACUGCAAAAGAGGGUUAUGAAUAUAGUAAUUCUGCCUAAAACACUGGACCCUCAUCAUCUGUCGACCAUUCUGAAUUUUGUAUUAAUGAUGUGAAGCCAGAACUGCCAAAAAAAUGAAGUACUGUUACACCACAGGCCCAGGCCAGCCUCGUU